CACUCUUUAUAGGUUGGUCUAAGAUUUGUGACAAGAUGUACUGGGCUUCUAUUCUCAUUGUGGCUGGCCUCUGUGGCAUGUCCAUGAGCCAGUACGAAGACUACGAGGACAUGUUCUGGCUGCAAGCAUACCUACGCAGCCAAUCCUCAUCCUACAGUUAUUCACCAUAUUAUGAAGAUGAGAUUCCUGCGUAUGCCUAUGUCCCAGCUGGGUCUCCUGAGGGGGAGCCUGUCCCUGAACCCCCUGUUUCUAGGGAAUGCCCUCAUGAGUGUGAAUGCCCUCCCAACUUCUCUUCUGCUUUGUAUUGUGACACUCGUAAUCUCAAGUAUCUGCCUUUUGUGCCUUCCCGGAUGAAAUACGCUUAUUUCCAGAACAACCAAAUUACAACUAUCCAAGAGGGAGCUUUUGACAAUGCUACAAGCCUGGAAUGGAUUGCACUGCACGGCAACCAAAUUGCCAGUGAGAAGAUGGGCAAGAGAGUCUUUGCCAAGCUCAAGAAUCUGGAGAGGCUGUACCUUGACCACAACAACUUGACCAAGAUGCCUACCCCACUGCCACGGUCCCUGAGAGAGCUUCAUCUGGGUUACAAUCAGAUCUCUAAGGUUCCCUCCAAUGCUCUUGAGGGCUUAGAGAAUCUCACUGCCCUGUAUCUCAGCCACAACCAGAUCCAUGAAAUUGGAUCAAACCUCAGAGGGUUAAAGUCUCUGAUUAUUGUGGACCUGAGCUACAACCAACUGAGGAGACUGCCUGAUGGCCUUCCAAACUCUCUGCAGCAGCUGUACUUGGAGCAUAAUAACAUAUAUAGUGUCCCUGAGGAUUACUUCAAGGCUUCCCCCAGACUGCACUAUGUACGAAUGUCCCACAAUAGUCUGACAAAUGAUGGACUUGCCUCCAAUGCUUUCAAUACCAGUAGUCUCCUGGAACUGGAUCUCUCAUACAACAGGCUUCAGAAGAUACCAAAGGUCAGCACAAGCCUCGAGAAUCUCUACCUCCAGGGGAACAGAAUAAAUGAAUUCACCAUCAAUAGUUUCUGCACCAUGGUAGAUAUCAUGAACUUCUCCAGACUACAAGUCUUGAGGCUGGAUGGGAAUGAGAUCCGCCGGAGUGCCAUGCCCUCAGAUGCCCCACUCUGCCUGCGAUGGGCCAGUGUCAUCGAGAUCUAACCACUGCCUUUGCUGCCUUUCUUAAACUAUACCUUCAGAACAAGGCCAGACCCUUUCCUGUGAUCACACAGGAGUGGAGGAGGCCACAUUCUCAGUUUUAAAUGCAGCUUCAUUUGAUUUGGCUUCUGCAAUUAUAUAAUUUGGAAGGAACUGUUAACGACCCAAGAGAUGCUGCUCAUUGUAGUCAAUCAGGUGACAACAUGUGCCCACCACUUUCUCACCUUUGCUCUGUCUCCCUCCUUCUGAGCUUUCAGUAGCCAAUAAGUUAUUUUGACUUCAUAACACGCUGUCUCUCUCUUGUUUGGUGGGUGGCAGACAAGCUUUUGUUUUGCUUCACACGCAUUGUUUUAGAAGGUUUGAUGCCAGCUGGGCCGCCUUUGGGUUUUGUUUUGUUUUUUGCAUGUAGGAGGGUAGCUAUGAAAAAGGCAGCGUGUGUGUGGAGGGGGUGGAUGAGACUGAAUCCAAACAGAAUGAAAACAGAUUAAACAGUUGGCCACACAGCAAGGAACAAUUACAGAUAGAGAAUGGGAAAAUGGGAAAAGAGAAAGACAGAAAAUUACUGAUAGAAGCCAGCUUUUCAGCUAAUUUUCAGAAAAUGAAUAUAGGUCCCCUGGUGAAAAUUUGCUGACUAAGAAGCAUCCUCAGAACAUUUUUUCUCACUCUCUCCUCCCCCCCUUUAUUAAUUUUGCCAUAUUGAUUGCAACUGACAUGAGAGGAAGUCAAAGUCGUAACACCUUGUACAGAGACAUAAUACCAUAUUAAUUUAAAGAUGCUCCAUAUGAAAUUCUAUGACAAAGUUAUCACAUCAUAGCAAAUUCCUAUCAUGUAUAACAGUUUGUUCCCCAGAAAGACAUAAACAUCUCUAAAUUCUUCCAUGGCUCCAAAAGGAGCUAUCUCCACCACUCUGAGUCUAUCCCAAACUUUGAACAGCUAUGUUUUAAGAGCUAAAAUGUGUAACUGGACCAAAAGGUAAUAGAAUCUCAUGUAGAACUUACAACAUUCUGACAAGUCCACCAUAUCUACAGGAAAGCUUUUGUAUCACACCUGUCUGAAAAAGACCAUAUUUCCCUUUGACAAAGGGGAUUUUUAAAAAAAGAAUGUAUACAUUCCAGAAGGUACUGGGUUGCACUUGGGCAUCUGACACAUAGAAUAUAUAACCUCUUCCAACUGAGACAGUACCUAUCUCUGCCAGUAGUAAAUAGAUUUUUCUACCUCCAGCUAUAGGCAGUGCAGGCUAUUAACCAGCGCUUGCAGAAUACGUGUUUCAUAGUUCUUUCCAUGAGCUGCUUUGCUUCAUAUAAAGAACGCUGCUGUUAUGGAAACAACAUCCCUAACAAGUUAUACAAUGCAAUGUAAGCCAUGUUGGCUGCGUAAUACCUGGCAGAGCUCACCAACAUUCAGCCAGGUAGAUGACUUGCCCUCCUGGCACAUCAUGGAAAAAUCUGGGGAUUUAUAGCUACGCUCCUUUGUAUGUGCACAUACAGGGAUUGGCAAUUCAGUAAGAGUUACAUCCCCGAUUCACAUUUACAGCAGAGUUCCAUUCUAACUUCCCAUGUGUUAACUGCAUCUGUUGUAACUUGUUUGCUUGACUGUAGAAUUCUUUGGGCUGAAUUUCAUACAAGUUGCAGCACUAAAUGCUGCCCUAAGAAUGUAUGAUGCUUGUAAACUUGAAGUUCUCAUAUCUGUCUCUCUCAUUAAAUCUUUCCCUUUCCAUAUCAUUCAGAGAAGGGAGGAGAGCAGGUGGAGAAUGAGGAGUAAGUAUGCUUUAUGAGGAUCCUAAGAAACUCACACAGCUAUCAAAAUCUUCUAUAUUUUAUGUGCAUGCUGACAAUAUAAAAGAAAUGUGUAGAAGCAUUAACUGUAGGUGUCAUUACUGAUCAAUAAAGCCCUUUUUGUAAUCGCA